GGACGGUUCGGCCGUCAUCACGAGGACCCAUCCCGCCCAUUCUCGAUGUGGAAAAGGGCUGGAGAACCCUGGAUCCAAACUGUGGGCUGGACCGGGCCCAAGAGAGACGGGUUCAAAUCUCGUCCAUCCUGCUCAUCAGGGCAAACGAGACGCCAGUCAACUCAGACGGCGAUGUGGCCGCUCUCUCCGAAUCCUUCAUGGAGUGGUCCGCGCGGGCUGCGCACCUCUUUGCGUAUACCGUGGUGAUGGCUGUCUUGUCAACCGUCGCUGUCGCCCUCCGCUUCCUUUCCCGAGGUCGCAUUUUGCGCGUCCUGGGGCCGACCGACUGGUUCAUCGCCGUUACCCUGCUCUUCAGCAUCCUUAACACGGCUAGUGUUGGAGCCCAUGCCGCACACGGACUGGGCUGGCCCAUGUCGGAGCUCACUGUCGACCAGUUACGAAAAUCUCUCAAAAUCCAGUAUUUUGCAAUUAUAGUCAACAACCUCUCCCUCGUUUUAACCAAGGUCUCGGUCGCGCUCCUCUUCCUCGAUGUUUUCCUUGUUACCUCCAUCAGGAAAGCCACCUACGUCGUCCUGGUCGCCGUGGUUCUUCAUGGCGUAUAUGUUACCCUGACGAACAUCUUUGUCUGUACGCCUAUCAACAACUACUGGGAUAACCCCCGGAAGACCUGCAUCGACCCCCGUAUCAAGUUUAACAUAGACAACGGACUCAACAUUCUCUUUAACUUCAUCAUGCUUUGCCUCCCGGUGCCCGCAAUAUGGUCAAUGACGCUGCCGUUGAGGCAGAAACUCUGGCUCUUCUUUUUGUUUGUGCUAGGCUUGGGGUGAGUGCCGCAACUUCAUCUGCCUCAUAUCUGGCCCACAGCCUGGUGGACGGGAGUGGAAAUCUAACGACUGUAAUAGGG